AUGCGUCCGCGGACGCUUCCUGCGGAUGGCUCGGAGGCCGAGGCGUCCACGUCGAGCCCGGGCGUGCUACAUGUGGCGGACCUGUGUGGCCCGAGCGUCGUGCCGCAGCGGCGGCGUGCGUCGGACGACGACAGCUCACAAGCGGACGAGCCGGAGACGACGGGGCGGCGCAAGCGGCAUAUUCUCUCCGAGCAGCGGCGGCGCAACCAGAUCCGGGAAGGCUUCAAGAACCUCUCCGACCUCCUUGAUGUGGGGCGCGCGUACGGCGCACGCGCGCUGGGGCUCAAUGCGGGCGCUGGGAUGGGCGUCGAGGACGAAGAGCUCGACGACCGCACCGACACCGAGGAGGAUCUCAUCCUGGGCUGUGACGAGGAGGAGGUGCAGCGGCGCAAGCGCAAUGCUCAGCGGCGCGCGCGCAGUCGCGCCGUCCAAGGCAAGCAGAACCGCGGGCGCGGGCGCGGGCGCGGAGGCAGCGCGGGCGGCGCCGGAAGCAAAUCGGCGGUGCUGUUCCAGGUGAUCGACCUGCUCGACUGGCUCGAGGGGCGCAACGCGGCCCUGGCGCAGGAGAUUGCGCAUCUGGAAGCGCACGCCGAGGCGGGCAUGGCGUACGGUGCGUAUCGGUCGCAGUAG